AUGGCAGACUCGAAGGUGAAGGACAUGGGCCUGGCCGAGUUCGGCCGUAAGGAGCUCACUCUGGCAGAGCAUGAGAUGCCUGGCCUGAUGGCGGCACGCAAGGAGUUCGGCCCCUCGCAGCCUUUCAAGGGCAUGAACAUCAACGGCUCCCUGCACAUGACCAUCCAGACCGGCGUUCUGAUCGAGACGCUGGCUGCCCUGGGUGCCAAGGUGCGUUGGUGCUCGUGCAACAUCUUCAGCACGCAGGACCACGCAGCGGCUGCCAUUGCCAAGGCAGGCACUUCCACGGUCUUCGCGUGGAAGGGCGAGACGCUGCCCGAGUACUGGUGGUGCACGGAGCAGAUGAUGACCGUGCCGGGAGCUGAUGGCUGCGACCAGCUGGUGGAUGACGGCGGCGAUGCCACUCUGCUGAUCCACAAGGGCAAGGAGUUCGAGGAGAAGUUCGCCAAGGACGGCAGCCUGCCAGAUCCUUCCAGCACGACCAACGCCGAGUUCAAGUGCAUCUUGCAGUUGCUCAGGGACUCGAUCCAGGUGGACAAGACCAAGUACACCCGCAUGGCGGCCAAGUGCAAGGGUGUCAGCGAGGAGACCACCACCGGUGUCCACCGCCUGCGCGAAAUGGCGGCCAAGGGCGAGCUGCUCUUCCCGGCCAUCAACGUCAACGACUGCGUUACCAAGAGCAAGUUCGACAAUGUGUACGGCUGCCGUCACUCCCUGCCGGACAGCAUCAUGCGUGCCACGGACGUGAUGAUCGGCGGCAAGCGUGCCCUCGUGGCCGGCUACGGCGAUGUGGGCAAGGGCUGUGCCUUCGCCAUGCGCGGAGCCGGCGCACGGGUGCUGAUCACCGAGAUCGACCCCAUCUGCGCAUUGCAGGCGUGCAUGGAGGGCUUCCAGGUCGUGACCCUUGAGGAGUGCGUGGGUGAGGUGGACAUCUUCACCUCCGCCACUGGCAACUUCAAGAUCAUCACCCUGGAGCACAUGAAGAAGAUGAAGAACAACGCCAUCGUGUGCAACAUCGGCCACUUCGACAACGAGAUCGCCAUGGAGGAUCUGGAGAAGUGCCCUGGCAUCAAGGUGGAGAACAUCAAGCCGCAGGUGGACCGCUUCGUCUUCCCGGAUGGCCACGGCGUGAUCGUGCUGGCCUCCGGCCGCCUUGUGAACCUUGGCUGUGCCACCGGCCACCCUUCCUUCGUGAUGUCUUGCUCUUUCACCAACCAGGUGCUGGCCCAGUUGGACAUCCUGGAGAACUGCACCAAGGCUAAGAACUACAAGAACGAUGUGUACCUGCUGCCCAAGAAGCUGGAUGAGAAGGUGGCCGCACUCCACCUGCCAUCCCUGGGUGCCAGCAUGACGAAGCUGAGCAAGGAGCAGUCCGACUACAUCGGCGUGAAGGACAUGGGCCUGGCCGAGUUCGGCCGUAAGGAGCUCACUCUGGCAGAGCAUGAGAUGCCUGGCCUGAUGGCGGCACGCAAGGAGUUCGGCCCCUCGCAGCCUUUCAAGGGCAUGAACAUCAACGGCUCCCUGCACAUGACCAUCCAGACCGGCGUUCUGAUCGAGACGCUGGCUGCCCUGGGUGCCAAGGUGCGUUGGUGCUCGUGCAACAUCUUCAGCACGCAGGACCACGCAGCGGCUGCCAUUGCCAAGGCAGGCACUUCCACGGUCUUCGCGUGGAAGGGCGAGACGCUGCCCGAGUACUGGUGGUGCACGGAGCAGAUGAUGACCGUGCCGGGAGCUGAUGGCUGCGACCAGCUGGUGGAUGACGGCGGCGAUGCCACUCUGCUGAUCCACAAGGGCAAGGAGUUCGAGGAGAAGUUCGCGAAGGACGGCAGCCUGCCAGAUCCUUCCAGCACGACCAACGCCGAGUUCAAGUGCAUCUUGCAGUUGCUCAAAGACUCGAUCCAGGUGGACAAGACCAAGUACACCCGCAUGGCGGCCAAGUGCAAGGGUGUCAGCGAGGAGACGUUGCGGGUCUUGGGUGCUGAUUUCGGAGCGAUUUGUGAAAGUGCAAAGGUUCUGCAUGAGACCACCACCGGUGUCCACCGCCUGCGCGAAAUGGCGGCCAAGGGCGAGCUGCUCUUCCCGGCCAUCAACGUCAACGACUGCGUUACCAAGAGCAAGUUCGACAACGUGUACGGCUGCCGUCACUCCCUGCCUGACAGCAUCAUGCGUGCCACGGACGUGAUGAUCGGCGGCAAGCGUGCCCUCGUGGCCGGCUACGGCGAUGUGGGCAAGGGCUGUGCCUUCGCCAUGCGCGGAGCCGGCGCACGGGUGCUGAUCACCGAGAUCGACCCCAUCUGCGCGCUGCAGGCGUGCAUGGAGGGCUUCCAGGUCGUGACCCUUGAGGAGUGCGUGGGUGAGGUGGACAUCUUCACCUCCGCCACUGGCAACUUCAAGAUCAUCACCCUGGAGCACAUGAAGAAGAUGAAGAACAACGCCAUCGUGUGCAACAUCGGCCACUUCGACAACGAGAUCGCCAUGGAGGAUCUGGAGAAGUGCCCUGGCAUCAAGGUGGAGAACAUCAAGCCGCAGGUGGAUCGCUUCGUCUUCCCGGAUGGCCACGGCGUGAUCGUGCUGGCCUCCGGCCGCCUUGUGAACCUUGGCUGUGCCACCGGCCACCCUUCCUUCGUGAUGUCUUGCUCUUUCACCAACCAGGUGCUGGCCCAGUUGGACAUCCUGGAGAACUGCACCAAGGCUAAGAACUACAAGAACGAUGUGUACCUGCUGCCCAAGAAGCUGGAUGAGAAGGUGGCCGCACUCCACCUGCCGUCCCUGGGUGCCAGCAUGACGAAGCUGAGCAAGGAGCAGGCCGACUACAUCGGCGUGCCUGUUGAGGGGCCUUUCAAGCCGGACACGUACCGCUACUAA